AUAAUCAUCAUCUGAAAUCGAAAUCAAGAAAAUCAAUUCAAUCUGAACUAAUUUCUGCAACUGAUACUUGAUGUCAAUCUUCAGACGAUUUAUCCCACUUCACAUGAAGCUACACUCUUCUUCACAUUCAUUUUCAUCUAGAAGCUCUGUGGACAAUUCCUUUCUUCGUAAACGAAGAAAAUGGCCACUUUCACCUUACAAAACCAAAUGGCAAGAAACCUUAACUCAUCAAUUAGCUAUGCAAAAAUUGGUAGAAUCAGCAGCUAACAAAUCCCCUAAAACUCAUCUUCUAUCAAUUCUUAUUGACUCCUUUUCUGCCUACCAAUGCAAUCCGACUCCAAAUGCAUACUAUUUUACCCUCAAAACUCUUACCCAGAACCCGUCCACAUGGAAUCAAAUCCCUCAUAUUCUCGAUCAUAUUCGUAGUGUUGAAAAUUUUGCGACACCCGAAUACAUAUUCACUUGUUUGAUUAAGUUUUAUGGGGAUUCUAACAUGACCCAUUUGGCAGUUGAGAUGUUUUUCACUAUGCCAGCUUUUAGAUGUAACCCAAGUGUGAAGUCUUUGAAUUGUUUGAUUUGGAUACUUUGUAAGAACAAUUAUGAUCUCAGAAUUGUGCUCCAAGUUUUGGUUAAGAGUCAGUUUUUGAACAUUUGGGUUGAAGAAUCAACGUUUAAGAUUUUGAUUAGGGCUCUUUGUAGGAUUGGAAAGGCAAAUAAAGCUUUUGAUUUAUUGAAAUUAAUGGUGGAUAGUGGGUUUCAUCUUGAUGGAAACAUUUGUUCUUUGAUUUUAUCUACAAUGCCUGAACCAAAAGAUUGUGAUGGGGUUGAGAUUUGGGGCGUUUUGGAAGAAAUGAGGAAGUUAGGAUAUAGUCCAAAAAGGGUAGAUUUAUGCAAUGUGAUCAGGUUUUAUGUGAAAAAUAGAAAAGGGAUGGAUGCUUUGGAGGUAUUGAAUAAGAUGAAAAUGAAUGGAAUGGUGCCUGAUACUGUAUGUUAUAAUUUGGUUUUGAAUGGAUUGAUUUUGGAAGGGAAGUAUUCAAAUGCAGAUGAACUGUUUGAUGAAUUGCUUGUACUAGGCUUAAAUCCCGACAUUGUUACCUAUAACGUAUAUAUUAAUGGCUUGUGUAAGCAGGAUAAAAUGGUCGAGGCAUUAAGAAUGCUUGGUUGUAUGGAGGACUUGGGGUGUAAGCCUGAAAUGAACACUUAUCACACCAUAUUAGAGGCUUUGUGUAGGAGUGGGAUGUUAUCUUUUGCAAAAGAGGUUUUGGGGCAGAUGAAAUUAAAGGAUUUGCAACUCAGUUCACAUAUUUAUGGAAUUCUAAUUAACUGCAUGAUUAGAAAUGGUGAAGUUGAUGAAGCGUAUAAUCUGCUACAUGAGAUGGUUGUCAUGGGGUUUGUUCCUCAGUCAAUUACAUUUGAUGGAUUGAUUCAUCUUUUGUGCCAGAGGGGUUUGUUCUCCGAGGUGAUAGAAUUGCUAAGCAUAAUGGUCACCAAGAACGUUGUCCCUGGAAUUAGAUCACGGGAAGCAUUAGUUCAAGCAUUAGCUUCUGCAAAAGAGGAAAGAAAUGUAGAAGUAGAAGUUGCUUCCAGAACGAAGGGGACUAAAUAGAAACAAGAGAGAUCCAUUGAACGAUGAUUUUUUCAUGUUGUCAAAGAAAAUAGGUUGCCUAGUUGAAUUGAUUAGAUCAUGCAGGAACAAUUGCACACAGAUUGGUUGCCACCAUUGACUGCCAAAAAUCAGUUGCACAGAGAAAAAGUUGCAAGUUCUGUGACACUUAUAUUGCUUAUACUUGGAAAAUGGAUUUCUGUGCAUUGCUGCAUCCCACCAUGAAAUGGUAUGAACUUAUGCAUGAUAGAAAAGGCGGCAGAACAGAAGGAAUGCUGUGACUGAAAUUUUAUGUAACAUGUACGUUGUACGAAAGAUUUAGUUGAUCUGGUCUAGCAACCUUAUCCUACAUCAAUCCCCAGAAAUGUUCGACUCCGUGAAAAAGUUGUGUGCAUCAAAGAAAUGGAAGGGCUCUCCCUCUCUUUCUUGAACCUAGACGGAUUUCUAUGUAUAUAUUUUUUCCAGAUGCUACUUUUCUAGUUCCUUUUUUGUACUUUGCAACCCUGUAUAUGUCGCUCUUCCUAUAACGAAACAUUUAACCAUUCAUCAUGCUCCUUUCAUUAAAUACAAGAUAUAGGUACGACAUUAAUGCCCAUGACUUGUACUACAAAAAUGAAUAUUGAUCAGCCUACAAGAUUAUAUAUCACAACAAAAAGAGACACUACUCAAAGCUGUGACUAGACAAGAUGUGAUACAAAUUAAAUCAAUGUGUCUCUUCAUACUCAAAUAAUUAGAAAUUUGUUACGAGUAAAACACUUCAUGUCAAUUUGAUCCUAGCUGAAUUUGAAGCCCUUCAACAAGGGAUUUUCAUGGCUGUUGAACAUUAACCUAACUCCUCUUGAUAUCAGUCUAGACUCCACCGAGGUGAUCCACAUGUUACAGUAUGAUAACGUUCUCUAUUUUAACUUGAUCAUUGAAUGCAGGUCACUGAUGCAGAUGUUGAGAGUAAUGCCACCAAUUCACAUAUUUCGAAAACAGAAUAGAGUGACAGAUUUACUCCGCAAAGAGGGUGUAAAGUGUACAGCUUUUUGGACC